UUUCGAUAGUCGCUCCGCGAACGUUGAUCGGACAACUUCCAUCGUGAACUUUUCAUUUUCCCGCCUAAAUACACGUUAUAACGUUUCAUUUUUCAAACACUACUUAGGGGGGAAAAAAGACAGUUUCUUCCAUUCAUGGACAGUGACGAGAACUCUUUUUACUGUUCAUAAAUGAACAUCUUCAUUCAUGGCACGUAGCGUAAAUCCGUUUACAACAUCGCGAAACUAUACAGACGGCAUAAAAUGUAGAACGGAGAAGAGAAAAAAAUGAUGAAAGGAAAAAUGUUACGUGAAAGUAUUUCUAAACUAAAGAAAAUAAGAUGCAGAGACUAUAAAUUUAAUUAUUUAUUUUGAAUUACGAUUGACUUUAAUAUAAAAGUUAUGAUAAAGGAGUAAAUGUUAAAUUGACAAUUUUUUUUUAUAAAAAUGUCGUGACCAAAGAAAAAAGAAGAAGAGAAGAAAAUGAAAAAUGACGGUAAUGCAAGCAAAGUGUGUGCAACAUUCAAACAGAAUUAUUUAUUAUCUUAUUAUUCUGCAAUCAUUAUUGCAAAUUAUUGCCUUCAUUUAUCUUUAUCUCUACGUGGCGAAAGUUGAUUCUGAAUUGAAAAUUCUAAAUAAAUUGGGAUGCCAGCAUCCCGUCGUCGUCGAAAACGAAAGUUUAAUGCGCCGGAAGAGAAGUAGUGCACUUCCCGCAGCUGAGGACAAUGCAGUAUUAGAAGUCUUCAGGGUGCCAAAGGAUUCGAAGAAAUCUACAGCUAACCCUAGUGAACCAGUGGUUCCUGCAUCCCUUAACAGGCAAGAAUGGGUUGAGAUGACGGCCGACACGAGGAUUCCGGUGGAUACGAUACAUGCGUACUGUCGAAAAUUCAGAGACAGUUGUCCAGCAGCAGCGCCCGGGGCACAGGGUGCUCCGGGAGCACCUGGGGACAGGGGACUUCCUGGACACGCGGGGGCAUCAGGACCCGAGGGGCCACCGGGACUGCCUGGCUAUCCAGGUGAGAGAGGACUGAAAGGCGAUCCUGGCUCACCUGGACUCGACGGAAGGGAUGGCAUUCCUGGAGAACCAGGAUUGGACGGAAUCCCAGGACGAAUAGGCCACGAUGGUAUUCCGGGUAAAGACGGAAAAGAUGGCAUUCCUGGAAUUCCUGGCAGUUCUGGAAAGAAUGGAAUUGACGGAAUUCCAGGACAGAAGGGAGAUGCUGGCUCACCAGGAACGAGAGGAACACGAGGACCACCUGGACCAAAAGGCUUACAAGGACCACCAGGGCAUGAUGGGAAGGCAGGAGAGCCUGGAGUUGUUGUCUACGAUCGUCAAUUGAGUAAUGGCACCCGAGUUAAUGAGCGUCUUAUUGCGCCUUCCAUUCCCAUAUUUGGACAGAAAACUUACUACACAGUUAACGAAGGAGAAAAUGUUCGUUUAGAGUGCGGGGCCAUUGGAUUUCCAAUACCGAACAUUACAUGGCACAUGUCAAAUGGACUAAUUCUGAAAGGAAUCUACAAAUACACAAUGGUGGUUGGAAAUCCUUUUACCAUAACAACAGUCAGCCGAGAACAUACAGGGGAUUAUAUUUGUACUGCAAGCAAUGGUAUACCACCGAGUGCGAACCAAACGAUCAAACUCCAAGUCCAAUUCGCUCCUUACAUUCGAGUUCAUUCCCAGACAAUUCGAGUUCGAAAUCAAAAUACCGCUAUGCUCGAGUGUGAAGUGGAAGCAUUUCCGGAACCAGAAACAUAUUGGAUACGAGAUGAUGGUCGACGGCUCGAUUUAUUGGAAAAGUAUCGUUCCGAGGUCAAUAGCAGACGAAACGGUUACAAGUUUAUAAUGAAGCUGCAAAUCAUAAAAGUCGUAUCCAUGGAUCAUGGUAUUUAUCAUUGUGUUGCAAAGAACGUCAUAGACACGACAAAAGGAACACUUAUGGUCACAGGUGUCACGCAGAAUAUGGAUGAUUUGAGAAAUACUCAGCAACAGCAGGCUUUCUUUGGCAAGCCUCCUCCACCGAGAAUUGAUCUCGAUACUCAUUGUUCACCGCAAAUCAAUUGUGAUUCGUGUCCCAAUGUAAAAUGCUCUUUCAAAGACAUUGUUCAACCUUUUAAUAAUAUAACAUUUAAAGUGCAAUUGAUUGCUUUUCCACCGAGAUUAGCCGAGGGAGUUCUGGAUGCAGUUGGAAAGCCGGUAUUUAAGGGCGAAAUGGACGACAUUUACGGAGCCUGGAUGUAUGACACACUUCCCAGAUCUGAAGCAAUUGCAGAUAAAUUAUGGGUGACGAGGAGCAAAUUUCGUUCGAUUCUCUACGAAUAUAACAGCCGAGAUGACUUCUCGAGUUCAAUGAAAAGAGCCAAAGAAAUAAGACUUUCACGACCUUUUCAAGGCAAUGGUCACGUGGUCUACAAUGGCUCGUUUUACUUCAAUCCUGUCGAUCGAGCGUCAAUCGUAAGAUUUGACAUUAUCCCUCAUCUAUCUCACACUGGACCAAUGAUGAGAGACAAUGAAGUGUUUCUACCUGGUUUGGUUGUCAACACUAAGAAUUAUCUUUACACUCCGGAUCACAAUCACAAUUAUGUGGACUUUGACGUUGACGAGAAUGGUUUAUGGGCCAUUUAUGGUUCACUUACAAAUACGACAAUUGUUGUGAAAGUCGAUCCCAUUGCCAUGAAGCUUCAACAAAUUUGGAAUGUCACCGUUGAUCAUCAUAAAUUCGGAGAAAUGUUUAUUGCUCGCGGUGUUCUUUAUGGAGUUCACAGUGUUACUGACGAAAUCAUGAAAAUUCGAUUGGCUUUGGAUUUAUACAAAAAAUUGCCACUCGACGUCAGUUUGUCGUUCACCAAUCCCUACCACAAGACAACAAUGAUUGGAUACAAUUCCCGAACGAAGGAAUUAUAUACUUGGGACAAAGGGACUCAACUGGCAUUUCCGGUGAAAUAUCAAGAACUCUAUGGUAAUUCAACUAAGGAAGAAUAUUAAUAUUGUACAAAAUAAAAAAUACUUUUUCGAGCAAAAAAAAUUACUGAUUAUCGUAUCUACUAAAAAUUACAUCAUAUCUUUGAUCAAAGAAAAUCAGGAUUAGACUUUUAAAGUCUAUUUAGAUACAAAAUGCCUUUUUUUCGAGAUUCAUUUUUAAAAACCCAGGAUAAUUAAGAAAAAAAAUGAGAAAACAGAAAAAUUAGAACUCAGGAAAUUAAAAUUCCUUAAACAUUUUUAUUAGUAACCUUUCAUUUUUGACGAUAAUAUUUUAACCAUAUUUUUACAACAUUUUGACUAUUUUGACGAUAAUUACUUGUAAAUAUUAGCAAAGAAAAUAAUUCCAAAGAGCAUAAAGUUCCAUUGAAUUUUUGUUCAAAUUAUUAACAAAAUGUUUUUUUAUUCAAGACGAGUUUUCUUA